UGCGCAUUGAAAGUCUCAUGAGAAAGCACCGCGCUGUUUGUUAAGAAUAUCGAUCAUCGAUAUGUACAUGUUUCGUCCCUUUACAUGACGUGGCCUCUUACAUUUUAUGUGAUCCAUCUCUAGGGUGUUGUUUGAGCAGUUAUACAUCGCGAUGGGUGCGCUGGGGAACAGUCGACGUGGUGGACGUUCGCCAUCUUUGCUUGUGGCUGCUCUCAUUGCCUGCAUUCUUCUGCUUGGCUUCAACUAUUGGGUCUCAAACUCAAGAAACAUUGAGCUACAGAGCAAGAUUUUGGAGCUGGAAGAUCGCAUGAGGCUGCUGGCUGCAGACAGAGAUAGAGAGCAUCAGAUUAAGAUGAAGGUGGAGGAUGAGAUGCACAUGCAGAACAAGAGGAUGGGGUCAAUAGAGGAAACACAUCGUAGACAACAGGAUACCGCACUGAACAACUGGAAACAGGAGAAGGAAAUUCUGAAGCUCAACAUUUCGUCCAGUGCUAAAACAAUGCAGGAAAUGAAGAAUCAUAUGAAGAAAUUAUUGGAGGAUCUAAGUAAGAGGCAAAAUGAGCUGAAGUCCUGUCAAAGUAAUGCGGACAUGUUCAUGACUCAGUGUAACAAAAAAAUUGCGACCAUGGAAGAGAAAUGCAAUGAGAAAACUGAAGAGUCAAAACUAGAAGAGCAGAAUGCUGAAAAGGAACCUGCACCUGUCGCUCCACAGGAUGUUGCCGGUUCUGCACAAACUUUGGGUGCAAAAGACAAAGAUAUUCCUGCUACAAACCAUUCAGACAAAAAUGGCAGCAAGCCAGAACUGGAAUCACGUACAAAAGAAGUUCAGGACCAGAACAAUGAAAACCUUGCUGCUGUGAUUAUAGGAAAAUCAACCACCCCAACCUACAAACAAACAAAUAAGAACCAAACUCUUGAGAGACCAGACAGUAAGAAAGAUCCAGAGGCAGUGAUGGACAUCAAAGGAGAAUCCUUGAAGACGGAUACUCUGUUGGAUGAAGCAGAAAUUAUGGAGCCGAAAGAUGAUGACAUCGGGCUUGGGAAUGGGAAUGAGGAAAAAGACAGAAUUGGAGAAGGGAGGGAAGAAGAUGAUGUCAUAAUGUAUGACAAUGAGAGAGAGAUAGAAAAACAGCUCUCCAAGAUUAAAGAUGAAAAUCAAGAUGCCGGACAGGAUCUAGAGGACGAAAUGGCCAACUAUAACGGUGAUGACGACAACCAACCAGAGUCUGAGGAUGAGAAACAAGCAGAACUCACGGGGAUGUAAUAAACGCACACUCCUGAUCACACAAUGUGCCUGCUGAUACACUCCCCCCAGAUGGACUCCCUAACAUAUCAUUGGCCGGAGUGACAGUUGUGACCCUUUCCAUGGCUCGACAGACGUUUAUAUGAUGGGAGGGUUAAACUUGCUGUAAUGAUGGUAUUUGAAUUUGUGCUGGGUUAAUACUGCACUACUGUGUAAUGGAGGAUUUGCACCACACAGAUUUCAUGUUAAAACAGAAACUUUCAUAUAUGUUACAAAGAUAAGCCUGGUACAAUAUUCCAUUACUAGUACCGACUUUAGAUGAAACUUGAAUGUAAUGAACUUCUGUGAAAUCAAGUUGUCAAAUCUUGCCAUAAACUAAAGAUGCUUAGCUCUUGUACAAAACAGAAAUGCAGAAGCUAAUAUAUGUAUGCUUUAAAUGAUGCUUUUAUUUAAUGUGACUUACAUUCCGGGCAGGCUAUACAUUUUUAUCUGUGCAAUCCCUGGGAGUUGAACCCGUGACUUUGCUAGUGCCAUUGUUGACCAGUUGAGCUACCAGUUAGCCACAGAAAAAACUUUUAACUUUAAAUUGCUUUUGUUUUCUGUUGUUUUGAUAUUACUGUUUUGAAGCUGAUGACAUGAUAUUUGACUUCGUGAAAAACAAGAAUAUUUUGUAGAUUAAAGGACUGUUCAUCGAGCUGUCCACAAAUUUACUGUACCUCAUUAAAUACAGCACAUUCUAGUCUUUUAUUUGCUGUAAGGUUGUUUCUUGUAUGUUGAUUUUUCAUGUUAAGGACUGUUUUUAAAAAUGUAGUUUCGUGACAAAUUUGUGAUCUCAAAAUAAGAAAUAAACAUUUUAUUUGCAUUUA